CAUGAUUUUUAAGAUGGAAUGAUAUGAGAUUGUAUGGAGACUGACAAAGUAUUCGACCAUGUGAUCAAGGAUCAUAACUUGAACUCAUGCAAUAUUGAAGAAGAGCUCCACAUAGCUGCAACCCUUGGAAGAGAAUUGCUGCUGCAAAAUGAUUCAAUUCGUGAAAAAAACCGAACACUUUGGGAGACAAACGAGGAACAUGCCAAAGAGAUUGAGAUGUUGCGACAGCAGAAUCAUCUGCUUAGAGAAGAAGCAGAGUCAAAAGCCAAAGAUCAGAUCGAAUUAGAAAAAAAGUCUACAGAAAUGUUGGCUAAGAUAAAAUACCUAGAAAAAGACAUGUUUGAUUUACAAUCAUUAACUAUUGGUAUGCGCGAGAGUUCCCAGGAAACUGAAAGACUCUAUCUUGAGGAGUCCAGGCGUGCUGAACUACUAGAGAGCAAAGUUUUCGAACUUGAAAGACAGCUUGACGAAUCAGCCUACCCUGCUACACUUUCACCCGUUUCGCCACGAAGAGAAACCGUCAAUAUUAAUAAACUUCAAAGUAACUUAUCAAGGUCAGAAGAAAAAAGACGGGGCCUAGAAUCAGAGUUAAAAUUACUUCUUGACGAGAACUGUGAUUUAUUCAGUAAAGUUAAAAUGCUGGAAGAUAUGCACAAUGACAAUAACUGCAAAGAAGGCAUCACCAAUUACUGUCGGACAGAUUCCUACGAAGGAGAUACGACGAUGAACAGCACUCUGGAUAUGGAGUCAGAGUGCAGUACUAUUGAGAGUCUUACCUCAGAGUCGUGGCUGACGGAAAAGCUCACCACUUUGGAGGAGCGCUACAACAGUGCGUGUGAUAACUGUAUCUGUGGAGCAUGUGAACCCAUUAUCUUACAAGAACAGGACGAGGGUGAUCUGACUAAACUGAGUUACCAGCAGCUCUUUGAUCAGCUCUUCGACGCACUGCGAUCCAUCCAACUGCGCACUCCGCGCGGCACGCUCAAGCGCAAACAGGCAACCACGCCCAAACGACCACAUGUGAAUACUGUGUUUGAUAACCCACCCUCACCAACUAAACAGUGAAUAGAGCCCCAAUGUAGGAGUUCUGAAAUGUUUUACAUUUAUUGAUCGUGAAGCCCUGGGUCAUUGGGUCAUUGGGUCGAUGAUAUAUCAAGUUUUGGUGGGUGUUCGAAAGUGUAACAUUGGUUUUUUAAAGGUUUUCUUAAAUCUGCCUUUUUGCUGCUGUUCUUAUCUUGAUCGAGAUGCUUAAGUAAUAUACUGUUGAAACUUGAAACUAAACGCAUAACUUACAAACUGUAAUGAAGGAAAGAGGUGAUGACAAAUAUAUAAUUUUAAUUUUAAAAGUCGUAAUAAUUCCAUCCGAUUGAGCAGCAAUAUCAUGAAUAAUGCAAUUAAAUCACCGAUGACGCGACACCAAUGAAUGCGUAAGAAACAUUCGAUAAACUAUAACUUUUAAUUUUUCCCUCAUAAAUUAGUGUAAUUAUGUGCUAUACUUAGAUUUUAUUUUUAUACUGAUCAUAUAAUGAAUUAUUGAGAAUCUAGCCAUAUGAUUUUAUUAUAUAUGACAUUGCUUGGGAGAGCUGUUUGAGAUUAUACUAUUCAAUGUUAAUUAGUAAUAAUAUAGGUGCCACAUAGUAAUUAUAAUUACAAUUUCACCAACAAGUUUAAUCUAGCAGUGUUUACCAUAAUUACAUGUAUAAUGUUACAUUUAGUGACUAUUUAUUCCAGUGAGCAUUGAUUUUCUGAUAAAGACAUUUGAAAACUUUUAUUAUAUAACUUUCUAAGAAGUAAGGGUUUUUACGAAUGAUUUUCUAUCCAGCAAACUGUAGAUGCGAUACACUUUACUUUUCUUAGAUUUUUCAACCUAUUUCGUUAAAAAUAGGAUUGUAGACAUUUACAGAUUAGUCUCGGUUAACUUAUCUGAAUCCAGGUUUGCAGUGUUUAAAAAGAAUGAUUCUUAAAAAACAUUGUCCUCGAUCUCGCCAUCUUGACUAUCAAACUUUUUAAUUUGAAGUGCAGUAGAUUUGAAUUCCAAAGUUUGACAUUUCUGAUUUUUCCACCCACUAUUUAAUUUCAUUUGACGUGAUUCUUAUUGUUUUGUUUAACCA